GGUCAGCUGACCGUCGGUCGGUCUGCUGACUGUCGCCUCGCUGACGCCCGGGCGGAGACCGGGACCGAGUGUGGGACCGAGUCUGGCCUCCGAGCGGCUGUUUCUGGAGCUCUCCCUUCCCCCCCGAGGGCCCUGCUACCCGGGCGGGAGUGAAGCGUGGCCGGUGUGAACCCGGCCCUUGCUGCCUGCGAGGGAGGCGGCUGUGCGAGGCGGCCAUGGCCCCGCUGGACGUCGCCAUGCAGGGCCUGGCCGUGUUCGGCCUCAUCCUCUUCAUCGUGCUGUGGCUCAUGCACUUCAUGUCCAUCAUCUACGUGCGUCUUCAUCUCCAUAAGAAGAGGUCGGAGGUUAAGCAGCCAUUCGCACACUUAGCAGGUGUUUCCCUGCUGAAGCCUCUGAAGGGUGUCGACCCAAACCUGAUCUCCAACCUGGAAACUUUCUUCACCCUGGAUUACCCCAAGUACGAGAUCCUUCUGUGCGUUCAGGACCAGGACGAUCAAGCCGUUGACGUCUGUAAGAAGUUGUUGGGGAAAUACCCAAACGUGGACGCCAGGUUGUUCAUAGGGGGGAAGAAGGUUGGAAUCAACCCCAAGAUCAACAACCUCAUGCCCGGUUAUGAGGGAGCCAAGUAUGGGCUGGUAUGGAUCUGUGACAGCGGCAUCAGAGUGAAACCCGACACCCUUACAGAUCUGACCAAUCAGAUGACGGAGAAGGUGGGCCUGGUCCAUGGACUGCCGUAUGUUGCAGACCGCCAAGGCUUUGCUGCCACAUUAGAGCAGGUUUACUUCGGGACGUCCCACCCUCGCUCCUACAUAUCAGCCAACGUGACAGGGAUCAAGUGCGUGACAGGGAUGUCGUGUCUGAUGAGGAAGGACGUGUUGGACCAGGCGGGGGGCUUGGUUGCCUUCGCUCAGUACAUUGCUGAGGAUUACUUCAUGGCUAAAGCCAUCGCCGACAGAGGCUGGAAGUUCUCCAUGGCAACACAGGUGGCGCUGCAGAACUCUGGCUCAUACUCCAUUGGUCAGUUCCAGUCGCGGAUGAUCAGGUGGACAAAAUUAAGGAUCAACAUGUUACCUGGCACUGUGCUGGAACCCGUCUCUGAGUGCUUUCUGGCGAGCCUCAUCAUCGGCUGGGCAGCUCAUUAUGUGUUCAGGUGGGACAUGAUGGUGUUCUUCAUGUGUCACUGUCUCGCCUGGUUCAUCGCAGACUACAUUCAGCUGACCGGCGUUCAGGGCGGUCCUCCGAGCUUCUCCAAGCUGGAUUUCGCCGUGGCCUGGUUCAUCCGUGAGUCCAUGGCGGUUCAGAUCUUCUUGUCAGCUCUGUGGGACCCCACCAUCAGCUGGAGGACUGGCCGCUACCGGCUACGCUGCGGCGGCACCGCCGAGGAAAUCCUGGAUGUGUAGUUGUCGUGGCGACGUGGUGACGGGCCACACUGUCAAUGUCAUAGGAUGGAGGAAGAAGUGGCGGCAAAAAGACUGACAUUGGUUUUUUUCACGAACUGAAGUGCGUGCGUGUGUAUCUGUGUGUGCAUGUUUGUCUGUGUGUGUGUUUUAAACUAUUUAUUUCUUUUGGUGCUAAAAAUAAACGCAGAGCGAGCCAAUGAGAGCGCAGGACCGACAAACAAAAUAGAACAAGGAGAAAAUGAGAGGGAGUGAUGUAUCGCACUGAAUAAUCUGCUGUGUAAUUUGAGCAGCUGGCAGUAAAGACGAUCAGCCAAUCAGGACAACGGCGAUGAGGCUGAAGUGGAAAUGCAGUUUUUGUGCAAAGCUCCAGACACCUGUUUCAUGUCCUGACAUGUGUGUCAUGUCAGGAAAUGAAUCUGAUUGAUCGGCUCAUUGAUCAGCAUCCCAGGAGGUUUCGGACGGACUGAGCACGCUCAGCUCAGUUUGUUGACCAGAAACCAAUAACUGCAGGUCGAUCAAUAAUUAAAAUGUGUCCAGCUCUUCCGUUGUUCAAACUGAGAUCGAAGUGAUACUCAGAAUAAAACUUGAAGUUAUUAAUAGGAAUAAUCUGAAUAGCAAACUGUCAUGUUUGGGUUUUUACCUGAUGCCCCAAUGUUUAAUCCAUCAGGUCUAUAUGAAAUAAAAAGGACUUGAUUUAGUUUAAAUAGCUCACAGCUGCAUUGACAUUUAUAAAAAAAAAAAAAGGUUUAAUGUGAUAAACCAACAUCUGAAAGAACUGUAUCCAUGAAUUAUUUAAAAAAAUCUGCUGGUACUCACGAUCAAAGGAGUUUAACUACAAUAAACCAGUUUGAUCACAAAUAAAAGACAAAGUUGUUGAGUUUUUGAUCGUUGAGAGCGCAGCGUUGUCGUGAUUCCAGUAUUCUGACGUUUAAUGGUCACAACAUUUCAGAAAAGGAAACUAGGACCAAAAAUGACAUUUCUCUGCAGUUCGUUGUGUAUUUGAACACUGACGUUGUGUGUGAGUGGAGUUGUGAGUGUGUGUGUGUGUGGGCGGGCACAUGUAGCUUCACUGUUAGCUGUUAGCUCCUAGCAUAGCCUUUCAGGGUUUGAGUGAUGACAUCACCUGCUUGUCGGACUGACCCUCGUUGCUAUCGUCCAAUCAGAUCAGUAGGAUUCUUGUUUGUACUGUCAUGUUGUUUUUUAAAUGAUAAAUAUCUGUAGUCUGAAAACUGACCAAUCGCAGCCAAGGAUUGUGUCAACAGAGGAACAAUAAAGUUUUAUGCUUUCAAUGC